CAAUCAGAGGCGGAGAGAUCCUACAAUGCACUUUAAAAGUUCGACUGCAUGAGGCAAGCGGAGAAAGAAUGAGAGACAAACAAGCAGGGUCUACCCAAUUUACCCACUGGAGACAGUACCAGUUUUAUUGUCCUAUUUUCCUCAUUUUUGAAGGUACACUAUAGCAAGCAAGAUGGCCACUUCUUCGAGUGCCAAGUUGAGUAAAGCUGUUAAACAGCAAUAUUUGGAGCUUCCUCAGGGAGACAAGGUUCAAGCUAUGUACAUCUGGAUUGAUGGAACUGGAGAGGGCUUGCGUUGCAAAACCAGAACCCUGGAUUCUGAACCUAAAAGCAUUGAAGAUCUCCCUGAAUGGAAUUUUGAUGGCUCUAGCACUUAUCAGUCUGAAGGCUCCAAUAGCGACAUGUACCUGAUCCCAUCAGCCAUGUUUAGAGAUCCUUUCAGGAAGGACCCCAACAAACUGGUCCUUUGUGAAGUUAUGAAGUACAACCGCAAGCCUGCCGAAACAAACCUGCGGCUCUCUUGUAACAAGGUCAUGGAGAUGGUACGCAACCAGGUCCCGUGGUUCGGCAUGGAACAAGAGUAUACUAUCUUGGGGACGGAUGGGCAUCCCUUUGGCUGGCCAUCCAAUGGUUUUCCUGGUCCCCAAGGCCCGUACUACUGUGGUGUCGGAGCUGACAAGGCAUACGGUCGGGACAUUGUGGAGGCCCACUACAGGGCCUGCCUCUAUGCUGGCGUAGAGAUCUGUGGCACCAAUGCGGAAGUGAUGCCUGCUCAGUGGGAGUUCCAGGUGGGGCCUUGCGAGGGCAUUAACAUGGGUGACCACUUAUGGGCCGCUCGCUUCAUCCUGCACAGGGUGUGUGAAGACUUCGGGGUGGUGGCCUCGUUCGACCCCAAGCCCAUCCCUGGAAACUGGAAUGGUGCUGGCUGUCACACCAACUUCAGCACCAAGGAGAUGCGUGAAGAUGGUGGAUUAAGAUUUAUCGAGGAGUCUAUCGAGAAGCUCGGCAGAAGGCACAACUACCACAUCCGCGCCUACGACCCCAAGGGGGGCCUGGACAACGCCAGGCGCCUGACCGGCUACCACGAGACCUCCAACAUCCACGAGUUCUCCGCCGGCGUGGCCAACCGCGGCGCCAGCAUCCGCAUCCCGCGCACAGUCGGCCAGGAGAAGAAGGGCUACUUUGAAGACCGCCGCCCUUCGGCCAACUGCGACCCCUACGCCGUCACCGAGGCACUGAUCCGCACAUGUUUACUCAGUGAAGAGGGAGAUGAGCCGACCGAGUACAAGUGAACUGUUGGGUCCGACCUGCUAAUCCACCCUCACCCUCCUGUUUCUCUUGGCAGCUCCGAGCAGCUGUAGUGGUCUGGAGGUGUUUUUAGUACUGUACUGUCUGUGGUCUUAUUGAGAAAAAAACCUUGUAUUCAUGUUGACUGGUCAAUCCAAUACAAGGUAUAACCUAGAUGGAUUUUUGUUUUUGUCAGAAGAGGUGUGCGAAUUUCAUUCAAAUGUGCACAUUGGGUCAUAUUCACCCAUAUUUUUUUAGCCUGUUCACUGCCAUUACUGUCCUGUUUUAAAAUUGUUGCUAUGGACCUAACUUCUCUACACUUGGUUGGAUUCCCCUUGUGUAGAUCAUGAAAUGUAAAAGUGUCUGACAUUUCUAAACUUCUGUGAAUUAGCAUGUAAUGUCUUUCUAACAUAGUUUUAACUAAACCAGAUCUGUUGAUCUGUUCCUUUUUAAAACGCGUGCUGAUAUCUUGUGGUUCAUCUUGGAUCAAAAAGUCUUGAUUCUUGACGUGCGGUACUAUUCUAUGUGGGGUCCAACAUGCAUUGAGUGUUGUUUUUGUACGCAUGGACAGGUCCCUGUGUCUGCCUUUCCUCUUGUUCUCUUAGAUGAAGGGUUUUUAUUUGUAUUGUUAAAGGCCAGUUGUGGCUACAGUUUUAACUUCUCCAAAUGGAUGAACUUGUUUCUUAUCGUGAUAUUAAAAAUGAACACACACUAAUUUUACCUUAA